AUGUCCCUUCUGCGCGAAGCUGAAAAAUGUCUUGCUAACCAGAAGACAUAUGCAAGUCUCAAUGCCUUCAUAACCCCGUUACAGCGCGCGGGACCAUGGCGGGACCGUGUGCGGGAUUCGGACACUCGGAGAGAGAGGGGUGUCACAAAAUCGCCAUUGGAUGGCAAAUUGGUCGCGAUCAAAGACAACAUAUGUACGCGCGACAUGCCCACGACUUGUGCCUCGAGAAUCCUCGACACGUACACUAGCCCCUUCAAUGCCACGGUUGUAGAGUCCCUAGAAAAAUCCGGGGCGAUAAUCGCGGGUAAAACGAAUCUGGAUGAGUUCGGCAUGGGGUCGCAUUCAAUGCAUUCGCAUUUCGGGCCAGUGAAAAAUGUGACAGAAUCUAGAAGGGAGCCAAUAUCCCCUGGCGGGAGCUCUGGAGGCAGUGCUGUUGCUGUUGCAACGGGUCAAUGCUAUGCUGCACUGGGAACAGAUACAGGAGGUUCUGUGCGGCUCCCUGCCGCAUACACAGGGACUGUCGGGUUCAAGCCCUCGUACGGUCAUGUUUCGCGAUGGGGCGUGGUAGCCUAUGCAAAUUCCCUGGAUACAGUUGGCGUACUUGGGUCAAGCAUCUCCACCAUCCGCGAAGUCUACAAAACAAUAAAUCAUCCGGACCUCCACGACCCUACCAACCUUCCCCCAGCAACUCGUACCCGCCUCACCGCUGCCGUCCACAACUCCUCAACAACCCGUUCGUCCCCCUCACCCUACCUCCGCAUCGGCAUCCCUACCGAAUACAACAUCCACGAACUCUCUCCCACCGUCCGGACAGCAUGGCAGCGCAGCAUCGUUCACCUACAACGAAUGGGCCACACCAUUCUCCCAGUGUCUCUCCCAGCCACCAAACACGCGCUGGCCGCCUACUACGUCCUCGCGCCGGCUGAGGCCUCCUCGAACCUAGCUCGAUACGACGGCGUCCGAUACGGGACGCGCGACACUGACGCGCCCGAUGAUGCGGAGCCUGGCGGGUAUCUGUACGCCAGCUCGCGCGGGAAGGGGCUUGGAAGCGAGGUCAAACGGCGCAUUUUGCUCGGAGCCUUUUCGCUCAGUGCGGAUGCGAUCGAUAACUACUUCCUACAGGCGCAGCGGGUGCGGAGGCUUGUGCAGGCGGAUUUUGAGAGGGUGUUUAGGGUGAAGAACCCACUGUUGCCGGCUGUGGAUGUGGAUGCGGAUGUGGAUGGGAGGGAUAAGAAGCAGAUUGCGGGAGACAAUGCUGGUGUUGACGUACUUGUCGUACCCACCGCGCCCACCCUGCCACCCACGGUUGAGUCGCUGAAACGUGCGAGCACUGUUGAGACGUAUAUGAAUGAUAUAUUUACGGUUCCGGCGAGUUUGGCGGGGUUGCCGGCGCUAAGUGUACCAGUUCAGAUGCGGGGUCUGUCGACGGUAGGCGAUGGUGAUGAAUCAAAAGGAGAUGGUGCUGAUGCCGCAUUUGGAUCGGUGGGAAUUCAGGCGAUCGGACAGUUUGGCGAUGAUGAAAUGGUGCUACAUGUUGGGGAGAUGUUGGAGGGUAUGCAUGGAUAG